AUGGAAGACGCUUCUGAAGACGUUGCUGAAGACGUUGUCAUGGCUGAUACUGGAUCUAAUCAAGUAUUCAGCCCCGCAAAGACAAUGGAAAAGGUCCCGUCGAACAUUACAGCUGAGAUAGAAGACAUCGUCAUGAUUCUUCAGGAAGCUGCGGAUAAGCCUGAUGAAGUAGAAGAUGUCGAAGACAAUACCGAGAUCGAGUUUCAAGUCGUGGGAAGUUUCACUGCUGUGGGAAUGGUCGAAAAGACGAAGAAGAAUUCACUAUAA